GCUACCGCUAGGGAAAAAAACACCACACGAAGAAGAACCAGGAAGUUACGCUGGCUCCUUUUCCUGACGUCGCCAGAUAAACAAACAAAAGCGACGCGUUCGUUUACGUUCAUUUAAGACGCUGAGUGAAUUCUGAUGGAUCUCCGUUCAUAGACAUGUCUACCGGGAGUCAUUUACCCCCCUGAACCCCCGUCAACAGAGGCCCAGAGGGGUUAGCAUCCUCCGGGCUAAGGCGUCGCUAGCUAAGCGGUUAGCUCGACAUGUUUAUUUUAGUGUUGGGGAGAAGCAGCGCGACGUGAUGGCACGAGACCUCCGCAGUGUCAGCAAGUAGCUGCACUUUUCCCUCGGAGCUUUUCCCAACAGGUUGUUUGGAUCUGAGCAGCUCGCAUCGCAACGUGACUGAUGAUAAACUCCCCUGUGUCACUUUCCUCUGAAGAUCGCGUGGAACUUCAGUUUUUACCAGAGCUGCACCGGACCUCCACAUCCCCUCCAUCAUGGCGUGGGCUCUGAAGCUGCCCCUCACGGAUGAAGUGAUCGAGUCCGGACUGGUCCAGGACUUCGAUGCCAGCCUGUCGGGCAUUGGACAGGAGCUCGGUGCUGGAGCUUACAGCAUGAGUGAUGUACUUGCCCUCCCCAUCUUCAAGCAGGAGGAGUCCAACCUUCCUCCAGACAAUGAAAACAAGAUCCUUCCCUUUCAGUAUGUUCUGUGUGCAGCUACCUCGCCGGCCGUUAAACUGCAUGAUGAAACACUCACCUACCUCAACCAAGGGCAGUCCUAUGAAAUUAGAAUGCUUGACAAUCGGAAAAUUGGGGAACUUCCGGAAAUCACUGAUAAAAUGGUGAAGAGCAUUAUUCGUGUAGUGUUUCAUGACCGACGACUUCAGUACACAGAGCACCAGCAGCUGGAAGGCUGGCGCUGGAACAGGCCUGGGGAUCGCAUCCUCGACCUGGAUAUCCCCAUGUCUGUCGGCAUAAUCGACCCCAGGGCUAACCCUGCUCAGCUUAACACUGUGGAGUUCCUUUGGGACCCAUCAAAAAGAACCUCAGUUUUUAUCCAGGUUCACUGCAUUAGCACAGAAUUCACAAUGCGCAAGCACGGGGGUGAAAAGGGCGUCCCCUUCCGCAUCCAGAUCGACACUUUUAAAGAGAAUGAGAGUGGAGAGUACACAGAACACCUCCACUCUGCCUCCUGUCAGGUCAAAGUCUUUAAGCCUAAAGGUGCAGAUAGAAAGCAGAAGACGGACAGGGAGAAGAUGGAGAAGAGGGCACCACAGGAAAAGGAAAAGUACCAGUCAUCCUACGAAACCACAAUACUGACAGAGUGCUCUCCCUGGCCCGAGGUCACGUAUGUCAACAACUCGCCAUCUCCUGGCUUCAACAGCACACCCAACAGCUUCCCAGUCCUGGAAGGAAACGGAUCCCCAACCCACCAGCCGGAGCCUGUUGUUCAGGUCGCAGAUCUGCCGUCUGUCUUGUUUUCUCCUUCUCAGAAUUUGUUACCCACAGCGACUCCACAGGAUGCACAACAGUGGCUUCACAGAAACCGCUUCUCUCCCUUCUGUCGGCUCUUCACCAACUUCUCAGGGGCAGACCUGUUGAAACUGACCAGGGAGGAUGUCAUUCAGAUCUGUGGGCCGGCAGAUGGUAUAAGACUCUUCAAUGCACUGAAGGGACGUGUGGUACGUCCAAGGCUGACCAUCUACGUUUGCCAAGAGUCUCCGGAGGCACGAGAUCAGAAACACGAAAACGGAGACGCUGCCACCAACACGUUCUUUAUAUAUCACGCCAUCUACUUGGAGGAGCUCACAGCGGCUGAGCUGACGGAGAAGAUCGCUCAGCUCUUCAACAUCUCACCCAGACAGAUAAACCAGAUUUUUAAACAGGGUCCUACUGGCAUCCAUGUGCUUGUCAGUGACGAGAUGAUUCAGAACUUCCAGGAUGAAGUAUGUUUUGUUCUGGACACAAUGAAAGAUGACACUAACGAAGGCUACCACAUCAUCUUGAAGUGAACACUGGGCAGGAGUUUCCCUCUCUUUCAGCCCUUCUGAGCCUCGUACUCCUCUCCGUUCUCUGAAUAUGUGGCGAAGUCCCACAAAAACUCUUAGAGGCUGCUCAGAUGAACAUGCGACUGAAUAACCUUACCCUCUCCUCACUAAACCUUAUUGUCUUACUUCUGAGGGAGUGACUCUGAUACCACAGUGAAGUAGUGCUCUCCUUCACACCCUGCCAUUGCACCCCAGCCUCGUACGUGGUUGCAUUUUUCCUCUGUCGCUUAUGCCUCAUGCAAGGGGUUAGUGGCACUACAGCUGCUAUCGCUGUUUAUUUGUUUGUUGAGCAUCUGGUGUGCCAAAGCUCUGUGCUUCAGAAUCAACAGUUUGUUUCUUUUUGAAAUCGUCAACCAAAAACAAAAAGGAAAGAAAUCAAAGCUAGAAAUAUAGAGAGACAGUUACAAUGACAGGACUUGACUUCAGCAUUUCAGCAUGAAGCCUUAUGGGAGCCGCUAAAUGCCAGGACGCAGGAAACUUUAUACAAGCAGACACAAUCACAGCAAAUCAGGACAUGAAGGGAAACUGCUGGAGUCCAGCUUUGCUUCUGCAAUUCCUUAGACAGCUAAAAACCUCUACUCAUUUGUACUUGAGGUUUUUCCAGUCUCCCACACACUGUUAGAUUCUUAGUUAGUGUAGAGCGCUCACUGGCACUUGAGGGUGUUUCAAAUCUUGAAAGAUGAUGAAACACAGUCUAUGUUCGUGAUCACACCACCAAACUGUCUCUGGUCCGUUUGCUUCCAGGCUAUCAGCUUAUUUAGCAAAAUGUUUUUGCCAUUUUUCAACGUUGUUUUUAAGUAGAUCAUUGUUUUAAGAUGCUUUCAGGAUGAAUUAUGCGUUAGGUCUGUGUUUUUUAAUACUCUUUUUUUUUUUUUCUUUUUUUUUUACAUCUCUUCAUCAUUGUCUUUGGAUGUCACCACCUCCAAAUACUAACACAUGUAACGGCACACCAGAGCUGCAUGUGACACGGUGUGGUUAGUCCAUGUUGAAUCCAUUGUAGUGCUUACAUGAAAAUCCAUAGCUUGGCGUAUUAGAUCUCCAUCGUAGCCCCUUGUCAUCGACAGUAUUAAGUACCCGUGUACUGACCGCCGUCUGUUUCUCUCCUCUAAUCUUUGCAAAAAUAAAAAUGUUUUUUUAAACCAA